AUGGCUCAGGCGAAUAUCUCGGUGACGGAGAGCCAGUUCAGGUGUCCCAUCUGCCUGGACAUCCUCAAAGACCCGGUGUCCAUCCCCUGCGGACACACCUACUGCAUGGCGUGCAUCAACGACUACUGGGACCAAGCGGAGUCGGGCCAGUUCAGCUGCCCUCAGUGCCGGGAGACGUUCAGCCCUCGGCCGGUGCUGCGGAGGAACACGGUGCUCGCCGAGGUCGUCGACAAACUCAAGCUGAGCGAGAUGGUCGCUGCGCCGGAGCUCUACUUGGGGGGAGUCGGGGAAGUGCCGUGCGACUUCUGCCCGGCGGAGAGCAAGCUGAGGGCGGAGAAGUCGUGCCUGGUGUGUCUGGCGUCCUUCUGCGAGGUCCACGUCCUGCCGCACCGGGAGGUCGGCACUCUGCGGCGGCACAAGCUGGUGGCGGCGGUGGAGUGUCUGGCGGAGCGGCUGUGCGCGCAGCACCGGCUCGGGCUGGAGCCGGCGGGGAGCGGCUCGGAGGCGGAGGCCGCGGUGGAGUGGAGCGGAGACUGCCUGCUGUGCGAAGCUGAUCAGGAAGAAGUGCACAAUAUGGACGCGCAGAGAGCCAGGAGACAGGUACAGGGACAGGUUGGAUGUGGUAAAGUUAGGAGUUUCUUGGUGUCUCUGGGGGGAAGGAAUCCAAAAUCUGACCCUGGUGUGGGUUUUGUAUGA